AUGGUUCUCAAAAAAGCUUCACUCUAUCAACAUCUUGCAAAAUUGGACAGGGAUUCUAAAAACUGCAUCUCUCAUUCUCAACCACCGAAAGCCAGCAGAGAGGACUUCCUGCAUCCCCUCCCCCGCCCUGCCCCGGAAGGAGGAGAGGGCCUGGACGUUCUCCCAGGGCAACGGAGCAGCGUUCUGGUGCGGGCGGGCUCGGGCUGCAGGUACCCGUUGUGGCCCAGCCCUGCGAAGCCCACGUCCCGUGGUCUUGGAGUCGCUGCUGGCGGCGGAAGGCCAGGGGCCCUGAUCCCCCUGGUUGGUGCCAUGCCUGGGGCCAGGAGAGGAUCGGUAUCUCAUGUGGAGCCCAAGGCCUUGGCAGGUCGCCCCAAGGCUGAGGGCGCCAGGGAGACCCCAAAGGCCUGGAAGAAACCUCCCUACCUGUUCCCACUCAGCGUGAUGAGGUUGGGCAAUAUCGAAAUUAGAGAGCGGCCCCCUGCUCCGGAGACGGAGACGCUCCCAGAGCCGGAACAGAGCCCGGAGGAGGGCUCCUGCGGACUGGGCUGUGUCAGUUCCCCGUGCUGUCAGCGUUUGAAUGACAUUCGCUGCUUCAUGGUUAUCUACUUCAUCCUGGUCUCCUCUCAAGGUAUUGUGUUUGGUCUUGUAGAUCUGAGCAUUAGCAAUUUUCAGAAGAACUAUCAUCUGAAAACUUUUGAAAGUAUAGUACUGACAUCCAGCUAUGAUAUUUCAUCUUGCCUGGUAGCAAUAUUAAUAGCAUACUAUGGAGGGAGAGGAAACAGAACAAAAUGGACUGCAUAUUCCUCCUUCUUCAUAGGACUUGGAUCAAUUUUACUUGGUCUUCCGCACUUGCGUGGUGAAAACAAUCAAUCGAAGCUAAACAUUGAAGAUAUUUGUGACGAAACAAAGGUCCUCGAUACUUGCCCAAAAAGCACGUCGUUAUUUCAGUCAAGAUACGUACUCUUAUUCAUCGUCGGGCAGACUGUGCAGGGAAUAGCAGGAAUGCCUCUUUACAUCCUUGCAGUCACCUUUCUUUAUGACAGCGUCGACACACACUCGUCUGGCAUCUAUUUAGGUUUUGCUGAAGCUGCAAUAAUAUUUGGAUAUGCCUGUGGUCAUGCUAUGGGAGCACCACUAGUUAAGGCUGCUGAGAACAGUACUUCUUCCAGAUACAAUAUGAAUCGUGGUGGUAAUCUAAAACUCCGGUGGAACUGGUGGAAUAGUUUUCUUCUUGCCUCUUUUAUUGCGUGGUCUACAUUAAUACCACUGUUGUGCUUUCCACAUAAUAUAGCAGGUACAGCAAAGAUAACAGCUGGGAAGUGUAAAAAGACUUAUUCAAGUGACAAUCUCAAAGAUAAGGAAUUUGGAACUAGUAUCAAGGAUUUGUUUGCUGCACUUUGGAUUCUUAUGAAGAAUCCAGUGUUUAUAUUCCUAUGUCUGUCCAAAGCAUCAGAAUCUUUAGUUCUUAUUGGAGCUGCUGAAUUUUUACCUAGAUAUUUAGAAAAUCAGUUUAUAUUAACACCCACUAUGGCAACUAUAAUUUCAGGACUUAUUUUACUUCCAGGUGGUGCCCUUGGCCAGCUUCUGGGAGGUGUCAUUGUUUCCAAGUUAGAAAUGUCCUGCAAAGCCCUGAUGAGAUUUGUGAUGGUCACAUCUACUGUAUCAGUAGUAACCCUUGUGGUUUUAAUUUUCAUACACUGUGAUUCAGUGAAAUUUGCUGGAAUCAAUGAAGAUUAUGAUGGAACAGGGCAGAUGGGAAAUCUCACAGCUCCUUGCAACAAGCACUGUAGAUGCUCAACCGCACUUUAUUCUUCAGUAUGUGGAAGAGAUAAUGUGGAAUAUUUUUCUCCCUGCUUUGCUGGCUGCAGAUUUUCUAAAUAUUCACAGAAAAAAAAGACGUACUACAAUUGUUCUUGCAUUCAUAAGGGAUUAACAAGCCCAGAUCAGGAUGGGGAUAUUGUUGAUGCCAGACAUGGGAAAUGUGAGGCAAACUGCCAUAAAGUGCCUUUGUUCAUUGCAUUGUUGCUUUCUUCAAUUAUAUUUUCUGGAUUUUCUGGUAUACCAGGAACCCUGUGCAUCUUCCGGGUUGUACCUGACAAACUAUGCUCUCUGGCCUUGGGAAUGAGUUAUACGGUUUUGAGAAUAUUUGGAAGUAUUCCUGGACCAUUAAUUUUUAAAAUGACAGUAGAAACUUCUUGUACCUUUCGGGAUUCAGAACAAUGUACUCGCAUAGGACGUUGCUGGAUGUAUGACAAGACAAAAAUGGCCUAUCAAUUUAUAGGAAUAUGUGUUUUUUGCAAAUUAUGCACUAUAUUCUUCACUGCUGUUGCAUUUUAUGUAUAUAAAGGUAUUAGAAAGGAAAGCACUGAAAGCUUGCCUAUACCUAUGAGGAUUCUGAGAGCUAAAGGAAGGGAAAGAACUGAUUCAUAA